GCGCCGCAACGACCCUUGCCAUAUAGCAAAUCUCCUGCCACUCGUCAGAUUAAACUAAAUUCGGUGGUGAAUCUGCUACGUUUGCUGUCCUCGUACGGUUUACUAGGGCAGAAUUUCUUUUCUUAAGUUUCGUCGUCUGCAACAACAUCACCGGCAGAAUGGUCCAAUUCUCUGAGGAAACCAAGGAGCGCAUCUCGAAGGCAAUUGAAGUCUCAAGAGUUGCAAUCCACUACGGGUAUUUGCCUUUGAUCAUCUAUCUUGGUUACACUUAUAGUGAACCAAAACCGUCACUCUUCAAGCUGUUCUCACCACUUGCCUGAAAGAUGACUGAGUUGAGGCUUCAUGAUUCUAAGCAUGUCCUUUUCCAACUCGAAAUCGUCUUCUUAGUUUAAGGCUCGGUGGACUGGGAGCGACAUUGUGAUAAUGCGGAACAUUCGGAAAUUGUUCUUUCUUUGGAUCUACUUUUCGUUGGAGGGUUAAAUAGACACGGGUAAAUGUAUUUUUAUAUGAGUCUACUGUGUUAAAAGGUUAAUAGCAAAGCUUUCUUUACUCUCC